AUGAAGUUCAAUUACCUUUUGCUUUUGAGCACUGUUUUGUCCUCAGGAUUAGUUUUUUCUGACCAGGCAUCAGCAUUAGUUGUUGAAAAACGCGAACCACAGCGGUCUUCAGAUACAACUUACAAUUAUUAUCGAAAUGGCGGAAACCCUGGCUCUAAGCGUGACGUCCAAGAUCUAAGUGAUAACGAAAAGCGUGAACCACGGUAUUCGAGUUCAUAUUACAAUUAUUAUCGAAGUGGUGGAAAUCCUGGCUCUAAGCGUGACGUCCAAGAUCAGAAAGAUAACGAAAAGCGUGAACCACAAAG